AUGGAAGCUCUUGAGUUCAUGGACUUUGAUAUGCUCGAUGUCAUCAAUAAAGGUCCUAUUGUUGCUAUGCAUAAAUCAUCCAAUGAUGGUGCAUUUGGUAGUAAGCUAAAAGGGAAAUAUUUUCCUGGAUAUAACAAGGAAGAGAAAAGGAUGAUGAGUCUUGAUUUCAAAACUGUUCAAAUGCUCAAGAGAAGAUGGUCACUUUAUCAUCUAGUUUUGAAUAGGAAAACUCCUCAAAUGAUGAAGGGUAAAGAGCACAAUUGGUAUUUAGACAGUGGUUGCUUAAGGCAUAUGACUGGAUUCAAGUCAGUUCUGGAAGGCUUCAUAAAGAAGGAUGGUCAGACUAUUACCUAUGGAGAUAAUGUCAAAGGAGUUACAAAGGGACAUGGAUACAUCAAGUGCAAUUUUGUUGUUUUCAAGAAUGUAUCUUAUGUGAAAGUUCUUCAACAUAAUCUCAUUUCAAUCAGCCAAGUGCAUGACACUGGCUAUGAGGUUCUCUUUAACAAGAUAGAAGGACAGGUUGUUGAUUAA